AUGACUCAAUGUUCAUGUCUGUGUGAUGAGCACAGCUCCUCUCCUCCCCCCUGCGUGCCCUCUCCCUCCGCACCCCUCUCCCGCUCGGCAUCCUGGGAAGGUCUGUCCACGCUGCCCACCCACGGCUCGCCGCUGCGUCACGUGACCCACGUGAGGCCGCGCCCGCCGCGAAGGCACCGGACGGGUCACCUCACUCUUGACCCCCACUUUUCAGAGAAUGGGGGGGUCAGUCUGCUAGAAGAUGGACUUCCUGACUUCUACACCAAGAGAGUUCUACCUGACAGUCAACUGUCAUCCCACCAUCAAGCCCAGAUCCUGAGACGCAAAAAGAGACGCAGCGUCCUGUCCAUCUUCUCCGGCUUCCGGAAGAACCGCAACUCUACUAUCUCCAAUCAGGACGCAGAGGCCUCAGAGAAUGUCUACUCGUUUAUUCAGCACCCAAAGGAUGCCGUCAGGGUGGAGUCGACUAUACAGGGAACCAAUGGAGGCAUGCCGUCUCCCAGGCCCAGCCAUGGUGUGCCCCUCCCUGGGGUGAGGGUCGGCAGCCCCCCCUGCCACAUACAGAGACAGUCCUCAGACCUGGUCAGCAUGGUGUACAGCUGCAUCGGGGCCGACAUCGACUCCGACGCUAGCAGCUGCGACAACAGACAGUCAGACAGAGAGAUGGACAGACAGACACCAGAGACCCAGGCAGACACCCGAGCGAACGGCCACGUCGCGUCCACCGGCGGCCUGGACAAGCAGACGGACAGACAGAUGGACAAGCAGACGGAAGCGGGCAGGCAGGAGAGAGUCAGCUUUCAGACAGACACACGGACAGAAACGGAGGGCGGGCAGUCCUCAGAAGAGGGGAGGGCCGACAGAGAGGCCGCCCCCUGCGGACAGAAGCCUGAUCCUCCUCCACAGAGCAGCAAGCCCAAUCUGGCUGGUCUGAGACAGCGACACCUGCAGGAGAGCUCCGACAAAUCCCCCGAGGACUGUGGAGGGGUGGAAGGAGAGAGGGAGGUCGAGAGGAACGCAAAGAGACAAGACGUAACACAGAGAACCCGAGGGGCAGAGGGACAGCGUCCCCCUAUUCCUGCGAAGCCCAGUAAAGAUCUAUCCCGGGAUAGUAACUCUCCAUACACCUCGCCUGCUGUCACUCCACCUGGGGAGGUAACCAGUGAGAAGAAGACCCCGCCUCCUGUCCCACCGGCGUCUGCCAAGCCUGGCCUGGAGUCCUGUGGAGCCCCUGUCACUCCAGAAGAAGGCACCACUGAGAAGAAAAGCCCGCCCCGUGUGCCCCCCAUGUCUGCCAAACCUAGUUUUGAUUUACCCAGUUCAGCUGUCAAUCAAGAUGAAGAUGGAUCAACAAAUGGCGGGAUAUCGAAGCCACAUCGCAACAGGAAAGCAAACUCUUGUGACGCUGGCAUGGGACGGGACAGCCCCAGUGAUCUGGAGAGGUCCUCAGUUCGCAAACCCCCCGUGAAAAAACCCCGUCUCCCCCAAAGCAGAAACAGAUCCCUGGAUUAUCCUGCAUCCGUGUGUCACGACAGUCCGGAGCCUGGCAACAGCGAGGCGUCAUGACAACACCAGCAGAUGGAGAAGCUACUGAGGAUUACGGAGGAGAAAAUGAUUGGGAGUAGAUAGAUGGAAAGAGGAUGAGUAAGAGCAAGAGAAAAACAAGUCAUUAUGAACUCUUGGAAGUGACCGACACAGUCAGAAUAGAGCCGAUGGUGGCAUGAUUAGUCACUGUGUCAUUUGUGAAACGUGAUGCAUGAAUGCUGACAUUCUUUACACCAGUCCUACUUGCUUUGUCAUCUCACACAUACCAUGUUCUCUAAAUUUCCUUCUCUCUCAGACACACACACACACACACACACAGAAACAUUCUCACAUCCAGUAUACUCACAAACAAUUACUUGCUCUUACUAUUGUACAUAUACUUUUAUUAGACUUUAUUUUUUAUUCUUCUCUCUCUCUCUCUCUCUCUCUCUCUCUCUCUCUCUCUCUCUCUCUCUCUCUCUCUCCCUCUCUUUUAAACGACAAUCUGUGACACUGCUACUGUAAGAAUGAAUCAGUAUUUAUUCUAAUGGAGUAUUGAUAUUCUGUGUAUAGGCCUAUUGAGUAUAAAUGAGCAAAAUCUGCACUAACCUUUGUGGACGUUAUUCUGUAACCGGUAUUUUCUUUAGUUUGAUUGUAAUUAUUUUGACUGUAUUGUAACCAUCUUUGUAUGAUGUAUAACGACAAUGGAGACUGAAUAUGUUAAUGAAGUGUUCUAUCAUUUGGUACCAGUAUUAUUACAGUAAGUACUACUAGUUGGUCCAUGGAACAGAUGAUUGUUUUUAUCUGAUUUUACAGGACUCAAAUGAGUAUAUUUUCUAAAAAGGCAUAUAUGAAUAGGAUAAAUAAAGAUGAAAUUUCCCAAAAUUGAUUUGAAUUCCUCUUAGUUCUGCCUCUUGUCUCUGCAUAGUGUCAGCACCUACUUUUAUACGGCAAGCAAGUUCAAAGUGUAUGUCAGCACUUACAACAAACUGGAUGAACGUCUCAGAUGAACUGUGAAUAAACUAUAGUAUUUUCCUACAUGUUAGGGCACCAAAAGCCAA